CUAGCAGCCGGACAGUGGCAGCCACACCCUCCUCCCCUGUUCGUCCCAAACAAAACCCUCUUCUUCGCCUCGCCGCGCCGCCGAGCACGUGCUUCUCUCGCGGCGAUCGUCUCCUUCCCCUCUGCUGGAUUGGGGCGUGGAGACGUGGAGCGGAGCUGAGAUCCAUCUGGACUUGGAUUGGUUUCUUCUUUCGUUGAACAGAUAGAGGAUUAGCGGUCACUUGGGAUGUCCGAGGCGAACACAGCACCAGCGGCGGAGGAUCCACCUCCAUUGGUGAAUCAAGAAGCUGCUGCUUCAGAUAAGAAGGAUAAUGCCGAGAAGGAUGGUGCUGAAGAGAACAAGGAAUUGGCAGCGACUAACAAGGAUGCUGAUAAAGUUAAGCAAGUCUGUGAAAAUGGAACAGAGGGCACAAUAGAUGAGGAUGUAAAUAUGGUGGAAGCUGAUGAUGCGAAGGAGGGCGAUUCAGAUUGUGCUGCGGACGUUAAAGUGGCUGACACAGAUUAUGAAGCCAAUAUUGAAGCUGAGGAUAUGAAAAUGGUUGACACGGAAGACACAUGUGAGAAGGAAGAUAAGGAGGGAAAGAAUGAGGAUAGUCAGGAUGUCAAGGCACCAGAAGGUGAGGACAUCAAGAUGGUUGGAGCAAAGACUGAUGCUAUAGAUGCAGAGGUAGAAGAAAAUGGUAAGAAGGUAGAAAAGGAGGAUAAGACCGAAGAGAAGAAUAAUGACACCAAUGUUCAAGCCCAUGAAGUGAUAAUGGUUGAAAAAGAAGACAAGGAGGGAAAGAAUGAGGAUAAUCAGGAUGCCAAGGCAGCAGAAGGUGAGGACAUCAAGAUGGUUGGAGCAAAGACUGAUGCUAUAGAUGCAGAGGUAGAAAAAAAUGGCAAGAAGGUAGAAAAGAAGGACAAGACCGAAGAGAAGAAUAAUGACGCCAACGUUCAAUCCCAUGAUGUGAUAAUGGUUGACAAGGAAGAUAAGGAGGAAAAAAAUGAGGAUAGUCAGGAUGCCAAGGCAACAGAAGGCGAGGACAUCAAGAUUGUUGAAGCAAAGACUGAUGCUAGAAAUUCAGAGGUAAAAGAAAAUUGGAAGGAGGAAGAAAAGGAGGACAAGACUGAAGAGAAGAAAAGUGACGCCAUUAUUGAAGCCGAGGAUGUGAAAAUGGUUGACAAGGAAUAUUCAUGUCAGAAGGAAGAUAAGGAGGGGAAAAAUGAUGAUAGUCAGGAGGCCAAGGCAGCAGAAGGUGAGGAGGACUUCAAGAAGGUUGAAGCAAAGGCUGAUGCUAGAAAUGCUGAGGUAACAGUAAACAGGAAGGAGGAAGAAAAGGAGGACAAGACUGAAGAGAAGACAAAUAAAGUCAAUAUUCAAGCUGAGGAUGUGAAAAUGGUUGACAAGGAAGAUGCAUGUCAGAAGAAAAACAAGGAAAGAAAGAACAAAGAUAGUCAUGAAACCAAGGCAGCAGAAGGUGAGGACAUCAAGAUGGCUGAAGCAAAGAUCAUUGCUAGAAAUCUAGAGGAAAAAGAAAAUGGGAAAAAGGAAGAAAAGGAGGACAAGAUUGAAGAGAAGCAAAAUGCUACCAAUAUUCAAGCCGAGGAUGUGAAAAUGGUUGACAAGGAAGAUGCAUGUCAGAAGGAAGAUAAGGAAAGAAAGAAUGAGGAUCGUCAGGGCACCAAGGUAGCAGAAGGUGAGUACAUCAAGAUGGUUGAAGCAAAGGCUGAGGCUAUACAUUCAAAGGCUAUAGAAAAUGGAAAGAAUGAAGAAAAUGAGGAUGACACUGAAGAGAAGCAAAAUAAUAACAAAGAGGAAAACAUAUGUGUGGAGAAGCAAGAUGAAGAUAAGAUGGAGCCAACGAAAGAAGAUAAGCAAGAAAUGCACAGUGGAGAACAAAUUGGUGUGGAAAAGCAGGUUCGAUCUGAAGAGGAACAAAAAGGUGGUGUGGAUAAGCAAGAUGUGAGUGAUAGAGGACAAAGUGCUGUGGAGAAGGAGGGAUUGAGAAAGGAAGAAAAAGGUGGUCUGGAUAAGCAAGAAGUAAAUGAUACAGAUCAAGGUAUUGUGGAGAAGAACGAGGGAAUGAGCGAGAAAGAAAAAGGUGAUUUGAAUAAGCAAGAUGUAAAUGGUAGAGAACAAAGUGCUGUGGAGAAGCAAGAGGAACUGAAAGAGGAAGAAAAAGGUAGUGUUGAUAAGCAAGAGGUGGAUGGUAGAGAACAAUGUGUAGAGGCGAAGCAGGAGGGAUUGAAAGAGGAAGGGAAAGGUGAUGCCACUAAACAUGAGGAAGUAAAAUAUGAACAAAACAGAGCUAUUGAGAAGCAAGAGGAAGAGAAACAGGACGGUAAGGUGACUGCAGAGAAGAAAGAGGAAGGGAAACAAGAUGGGAAGGUGACUGCAGAGGAGGAGGAAGCAGAAGUGCACAAAAAUGGGGCUUUUGAGAAGAAAGAGGAAGAUAAUGUGAGUGAAAAAGGGGCUUCUGAGAAUGAUGAGGAAGUGGAAAUGGAUGGAAAGAGUACUGUUGAUGAACAAGAGGGAAAGAAAGAUCAACUAGAUGAUACCUGUAAGCAAGAGGGUCAAAAGAAAGGGACCAAACGUUCAAAUGCAGACAUGGAAGAGGCAGAAAAGGGAAGUGCAUCCAAGAAACAGAAGGAUGGUGAGGCGGCAGUGGAGCAAAUCGGUGAAUCAGACAACAUGGAAGAGAAUAAAAUGCCCAAGAGCAAGAAGGCAAGGAGUGCUAGAGAAAAGGACCACGGAAAGGAUGAGAAACAAGAUGGGUCCAAAUCUAGGGACGCCAAGGACAUGCUGAAUACCCGAAGUCCCUAUUCUCUUGAUCGCCCGGCACGCGAGAGGAAAACAGUGGAGAGGUUGGUUGAAGUGAUUGAGAACGAGGCAGGAGGAAAUUUUAUGGUCGAGAAGGGUUGUGGCACUCCUUUGAAGAAUAUACCAAGUGUGGCAAACAGAAUAUCAAGGAAAAAACCUGCUGAUCUUAAGUUUCUUCAUCAAGUUCUUUUUGGGAGGAGGGGAAAGGCUGAUGAUUUCAAAAGUCAUAUACUCGAGUUCUCUGGAUUCGAGUGGCAUGAGAGUGAUGAAAAACAGAGAGCCAAGGCGAAGGAGAAGCUUGACAAAUGUUUUAAAGGCACAUUACUUGAUCUUUGUGGUCUGUUUGCUAUUCCAGUUUCAAGAGCAAAUAGUAGAAAGGAAGACAUUGUGGCGAAACUUCUGGACUUCAUUGCUGAACCUCACGCUGAAGACGAUUCCACACUUUCUGAUGAGCAGGGAUCAAAUUAUAGGAAGCGCAAGCGGGAGGGAAGAAGUGCAACUAAGAAUCCAGAAGGCGUUCACAAGAGAUCUAGGAAGAAACUUGAUGAUGAACAUACUCCAAGUAAAAGGCAGAAGAAAUCUUCUGAGUCAGAAUCUGAUGAAGAAGAUCCUGAUGAUGGGCAUGAGGAUGAAAGCAUGAAGUCUUUUACUGAGGAAAACAAAGUUGAAGAUGAAGAAGUUGAUGGCAAAGAGGAAGAUGAUUAUGACUCAGGAGAAGUAAAAGCAAUUAAGAAGUCUUCAGAGGGAAAAGGAUCUACAGCUAAAAGGAAGGCAAUCACAGGGAGUGUUCCAAAGAUAGCUCCCGUAGCAACAUUGAGCAAGUGUUCGAGCAAAGUUUCAUCGUCAUCUAAAAGUUCCAAGGAUAAGCAAAGCCCUGAUGAGUAUGCAAAUGUUUGCUCUAGGAAGAGCAAAUCGAUUACACCAAAGCGUACAACAAUUUCUGAAAAGGAGACCAGCAAAAGAAAAUCAUCCAGCAAAAUGGUGACAAAGAGUAAAGGGAAAUCAGCAGAAAAAGUUCUUCCCAGCAAGGAUGAAUUGCGAAAGACCAUUGUUAGAAUUCUAAAAAAAGUUGACUUCAACACGGCUACCUUCAGUGACAUUCUUAAGAAGCUUGAUGACCACUACAAGAUGGACUUAUCUUCAAGGAAAGCACCUAUCAAGCUCAUGAUCCAAGACGAGCUGACCAAGUUUCCAGAGGAGGCAGACGAGGACUAAUAUGGAAAUGAAGACGCUGGCAAGAAACAACUAGAGCAUCAAGCGAGGGAGGAUGAAGCCUGAGAAGCUCGAAACCCCAUAGUUGUAGCCGUCAAUUUCAUGUGCUUUCAUGCAUGCCCCCAUUUCGCUUGAAUGGACAGCCCGAUGUUAAUUUAUCAUCCUCAACUGAUGGAGGUACUUGAACAACCCCUGUAGUUAGCUGCCGAGGAAGCCUGCAAUGAUUAAUUCCUGGUAGCCUGAAACUCUGAAAUUGUUUCUAGCAUGUGACUAUUCUGGGACUGAUUAUUUUGUCUUUGCUGUAAUAUAUGAAUGAUCCUUCUGUCACUGUGCUGGUCUUAGACC